ACACACACACACACACACACGCAUACGUAUACACGCGCAUAUAUUUAUACACACAUCUGGGAGCCUUCUCUCCAGCUUGAAAGCAAGCAAAUCCCCCCACCAUGGCCACUGCCGGUGAUAUCGUUCUGACGGUGGUGACGGGUGUCUUCCUGUUGCUGAUCAUCGUCGCGUCGAUCUUUGGCCUGGCUCACUUGCAAGACCCGCUGGAGCGCAAGGCCGCCUGGUUCCCGAAGGUGGUGUGCAUCAUGGCCGCGGUCACCAGCGCCGUCAUGAUUCUGCUGCUGCCCCUGGAUGUGGCAGGCCGCAAGCCGGUGGGCACUCCCCCCUUCAUCCCGGUCUACCUGCUCACCUUGAUUGCGUACGGCCUGUCGCUCUUCCUGCUGGCCUUCCUCAUCCCCCUGGCCUUCCUUCACUAUGAUGCCCUGGAGGAGCCGGAGCACGAUGUGGACACCGUGCUGAAGAAUGCCUCGCAGGGGCGCUCUUCGGCCGGGGCAUCCAAACAGCUCUUCCAUGCGCUCAAGUGGACGCUGCCCUUCACCCUGGCCCUGGUGGCUCUUGUGGGUGGUCUUUACUACGCCUAUGGCUACUCGCGGCUGCCGACCGCCUUCCUGGAGAGUGUCGGCUCGACGGUGGCCGGCCGGGCCACUUGUGUUGCGGCCGGCGACUGCCUGGCCUGGACGCGCUUCAUGUACAUCCGCAUCAAUCCCCUGCUCUAUGGGGUGGCCAUUGUCAACCUCAUUGGCAUGGUCUUCCUGAUGCUGUAUGGCGGUGUGGGCCUGAUUUGCCUGCCCCUGGACCUGCUUCGGUCCUUCAUCAACCGGCCUCGGGCCAUGUCCAUCUCGGCUGUGGUGGAUGCCCGCGCGCGACUGUACACCCGGUCGCAGGAGCUAACCACCGAGGCACAGAAGCUGCUCGCCGAGCGGGAUGAACUCCGUGCCAAGGGCGGCUUCUUGAAGAAUCUCACCCGCAGCGGGGCCCUGGACAGCCAGUCCCGCCGGCUGGCGGCCAAGGUCUUCGAGCUGGAGGAGCAGGCUCAUAAGCUGGAAAUUGCGCGCUCCAUUUCCGAGGAGAGUGUCCUGGUCCAGUUCUUCAAGCUCGCCCUUUCCAUCAUCGGGUUCAUCUUCAGCAUCCUCUGGCUGCUGCAUCUGGCGUUGUACUUCGCGCCGGUUACCUUCGGCAUGAAGCCCGUAUCGGCCUUCAUGAAUGCCGUCUUUGCCGGGCUCUCCAAGGUUCCCUUCCUGGGCCCGGCCUUCUACGCCAUCUUCGCCUUGCAUCUGCUGCUGUGCCUGGCCCAUGGGUCGGUUCGGCUGGGCCGGCUGUCAUCGAUCCUCGGCGCGGUGCAUUCCAUUCGCCCCGGGCGGACGCUGACCUCGGCGCUGCUGUUCCACUCGUGGCUCCUGGUGGCCGGGGCCCAGGCGGUCUCGCAUGCCGGGGCGCGGGUGUUCGGGUCCUACGCGCGGGACACCGCCUCCGGGCGCAUUGCCAACACCCAGCUGGCCAACCUCUCGGGCGGCGUGGGCCAUGGGUUCGAUGCGCUCAUCUGCCUGAUGGGCGUCAUGGCCGUGGUGACUGCCCUGCUUGCGUGCAUCCUCCCGGCUCGCAAGCGCAAGAAGAAGGUCAAGCUUGUGAGCGAGAAGGAGCGCGCCCGCAACCGCCAGAAGGAGAACAACUAUGAGAUGCGCCAGCGCGCGGGCAAGUGACCAUAACCUGCUGCUGUCUACCCACGCCUGCACAUGCGUCCAUGUGCGCGUGUGCGCCUGCCCAUGAUGCAUCCACCCUGCCCCCACGUUGCAGGCUACCCCACCAGCUGCAAUCGCUUCCUAUUUGUCCUUGUGAUCCCCUCGGGGCUUUCUCUCUUCCUCUGCCACGUCUACUGCCCUGCGGCGCGCGAUGCCCGCCCGUGGCGUGUUGCCUCUUCCAUCUGUCUUGCCCGGGACCCACCCCCUUCGAGGAGGGGCGCUGGUCACCUCUUCAUGUGCGGCUCGACGGGCCUCCUCCCUCUCCCUCCCUCCCCCUCCCUCUCUCCCUCCCUCUCUUCAUACACGCAUAACCACACACGCUCAACAAUACACCCUCCCUGUAUCUUGCA